CCUCGUUCACAGCUUGAACAUUACAGUAGCUGAAAAACAAUCUUAGACAGCUGUUCAUUAUUCACUUUUGGUCAAGACACUAAUGAGAGGCGUUCGAGGAGCGGCUUUACUUACUUUGCUGUCGAUCUACCUCCCGCCGGUCCAGAUGACUUCUAUCUUUGUCUAUGGGACUCUGAAGAAGGGUCAGCCCAACUACUUCAGGAUGCUGCCGGACCAAGGGAACGGGAAGGCGGAGUUCUGUGGUCACGCCCGCACCGUAGACGGCUACCCGCUGGUGAUCGCCGGGAAGUACAACAUCCCCGCCCUGCUGAACCGUCCCGGGGAGGGCCACAGGGUCCACGGGGAGGUGUACAGGGUGGAUGACACCAUGCUGAGCUUCCUGGACACCUUCGAGGGCUGCCCGACCAUGUACCAACGCACCUCCGUUCAGCUGGAGCUGGAGGACUGGAAGGUAGAGGGGAGAGAGGGGAGCCCAGCGUCUGGCAGCAUAAUGGAGGCCUUCCUCUACAGCACCACCUCCUACCAGCCUGCCUGGCUCCAACAGACCUUCUAUGAGAGCUACGACGCCUACGGAGACCACGGGUUGGUGUACGUCAACAGGGAGGACCGAGAGUUCCACUAAAGGAUGUAUAGCCUGGGGGGCCACCGUCCCACGUAAAGCACCAUGUCGACAUGAUCGCACCAGCAGGUCUGGGACCUGGCUAGAGGAUAGACAGGAUAGGGUUUUAGAUGUGAUGACCUGAAUUCUACAGCUGUUUUCCUACAGUAGAUAGACGACUCAUAAGAGUGCAGUCCAGAGUUUUAAAGUAUCUUCCAUACAGGGUCCAGUCAUGUUCUUCAGCUCUUAUAGAUGUUUUCUGAAGGUUGGAAAUGCCUCUGCUUUGACUUACUGUAUCAUUGGUGCUGUAGUUGUUCUGUAUUUCAUUGGUUCAGUACUACCUAACUCUACUGUACUUCUACAUACAGUUGAAGUCAGAAGUUCACAUACACCUUAGCCAAAUACAUUUAUA